CACCCACCAGCCGAGGAAGAGACAGACAGAGAGAGAGAGAGCUAGCGAACCGACGUUCACCCGUUGUCCAAACAUAUGGCAAAAAUAGCCCUUUUUGUUUCUUAUAUCGGUGUGCCCACUACUCUUUAAAAAUUCCGCCGAAAAAGAGAAGACGAUUUUCUAAAACAUUCUGGCCGUUAUCUCACGGCUCACCCGUCUCUGCACAGGUGUAUAACCGCUAUCCAGAAGGCCUAGGGGCGGCUCUUUACCGGGAGCACUUUGACUUCAACGCUGAGCCGCCUUGGGAUCCUAGCUGAUAGCGGGACAGGUCCAUCUCCUGACUUGUCCAUUUUGUUGCAUACCGGCAGGACCCCACUGGCUCAGUCGUGACCCCUGUGACUUGCUUCACUGUUCUUUAUGAUUGUCGGCUUAGCGGACUACGGUUGAGAUGAAAGGACUCACUGACAAACCCAGCUACAUCAUUGAACUCCUGGAGGGAGGAGUGACCCUUGCAGAUGUCAUUGAUGGACACAUCUGCGAGCAGGCUCUGGUGGAGAAGAGUGCUUUUGUGGUGGGCGACUUGGGCGCCCUGAUGCGGCAGCAUACACGCUGGCAGAGCAUGGCACCACAGUUGCGGCCCUACUACCCCGUCAAGUGCAACAACAGCCCGGCAGUCAUCGAGGUGCUAGCCUCCCUGGGCCUUGGGUUCGUCUGCACCAACAAGGCUGAAAUGAGUCUGGUACUGGAGCAUGGCGUGCCACCAGAAAACAUCAUCCUGUCUGGUGUUUGCAAGCAGCUGGCUCACAUCAAGCAUGCUGCCAAGAACAAUGUCCAGCACCUCUUGUGUGACAGCCAGGCUGAGUUGUGCAAGAUCUCCCGCUUGCACCCAAAUGCAAAGUUGCUGCUGCAGCUGACCACUGAGGCCCACGCAGCGGAGACCAGUAUGGCUUUUGGCUGCUCUCUGAAGAACUGCCGACACCUGCUGGAGAUGGCCAGGGACCUGGGGGUGCAGGUGGUGGGGGUGACUUUCCACAUCCCCCCCUCCUGCCAGGAGCUUCAGCAGGCCUACACCCAUGCACUGUCGGAUGCCCGUGCUGUGUUUGACAUGGGGGCGGAGCUGGGCUUCAGCAUGAACAUCCUGGAUAUUGGUGGUGGAUUUACUGGCUCAGAUUUUCAGCUCAAACAGGUUGAGUGUGCAGUCAGGCCACUGCUGGAUGCCUACUUCUCCCCACUGUCUGGUGUGCAAGUGCUGGCCCAGCCAGGCAGCUUCUACGUAGCCUCUGCUUUCAGCCUGGCUGUCAGUGUGAUUGGCAAGAAGGUGGUAACCCACCACUGGGACAGCUUAGCCCAAGACGAGCUUAGCACCAGUGAGGAGCCUGAAUUCCUGUACUACAUGAAUGAGGGUGUGUACGGCUCGUUUAGCCACAAGCUGCUGGGAAGCUCCAUCCCUGCCCCGUCAGUGCACAAGCAUGUCCUGCGUGCUGAGGAGGCGGUGUAUCCCAGCAGCCUGUGGGGCCCAUCACUGGAUGAGCUGGACCAGGUGGUGGAACGCUGCCUCCUGCCUGAGCUCAACGUGGGGGACUGGCUGCUCUUCUCCAACAUGGGGGCAUGCGGCCUGGAAGAGCUUAGCUGCCUUUCCAGCAGCCCCCAGCCGCCUGUCUACUACACUGUCUCCACCUCUGACUGGUACGAAAUGCAGGAGGCCGGCGUGGCACUGGACAGCACCAUGAAGAACUUCUCCAUGGUCAAGUACCGUGUGUAACCCCGUCCUCUGUCCCUCUAGAGCGGAUUAUAUUGCACAGACACCCUGACCUCCACUCUCGUCCCAUGAGAGGAGGGGUGAGGGUAGCAAUGGGGGCAACGGGGCUAAACGUGGUCAACAUUCCAACCACCUCAGAAAAAUGCAGUGUCCUGAAUCUUUUCCAGGAAAUUGGACCUUUUUUCCAGCUUUCUCUGGAAACAGGAAAAAUUGGUUGUUCCAUACCUCAAGUGUCCAAAAUUUUCUGUGGAAGAUGUUCUCAUGUUUUGCCCCUCCCCUGCUUUGCUGCUCCCUCUGCUGGACUCAAAACAAUCUGUUAGCUAGACGAACUCCAGGCCAUGCUCAAACAGCAAACCUUAUGCAACAAAGUGGACGACUCUGCGGAGAUGGAACGCCCGCCACCUUUGGGGUGUUUUUAUUUCCUAAAUCCAAUCCAGUUUACAUAAAUGUACUAUUGAUAUUAAUCUUGUUCUGUAUUGAUUACCUGUUGACAGUCCUGUAAAAUCUUGUGUCUAUUCAGCACCAAUACGUUUUGUCUAUAGAUAAUUUCUGAGAGCUAUUUUAAACAAUCAAUGCCUUCUGUGGAUUCUGUACUUUAGAGCCCUCACCUCGCAUAGUUUAAAUGAAAUUGCGACACAAUGACAUAACCUACUUCUUACUGCAUUUCACUUUUGCUUUUUUUUUUCCUUUUCUUAUUUAUUGGAUUCUGAGAUCAUUUGGACAUACUGAAAGCUCUGUCUUUAAGUCUGUUUUUUCCAAGUGUAUACUGUGGCCCAUCUAACAGUAUUUCCUGAUAGGAUAUUGAUGUGUUUUUUAACGCUACAUGAAUUUUGUGUGCUGUGAUUGCCAUUUGUGACCUCAGUGUUCUCCCUUUACUCGAAAGGCAUGAAGGAAUUGGUAUGGGGUAGUUUCUCUGCUCUGAGCCAUAGCUUGAAUACAGUGAAGCUACACCCUGUAAGGCACUCCCUCUUGGUUAAACUUGGUUAUUGAUCUGGUUUUAAGUGAACAAAAUCCAUUGUAGGUUAAGCAACUACUGUGACAUUUAAGACAAUACAGUCCGUUUUUUCUGGACAUCAGUGUGUCAUGGGUACCUUGGAAAGAGAUUAGUCCUAAACCACUGAGCAUCACUGAACACAGGCUUUACCACCAGCAGACAAGGGCCUAUUUCAAACAUAAAUGUGUUAUAAAUGGCAGGUAUACCUAUGUGUAUCUGUCAGAUGGAAGAAAUGCUAGUUGUAGACAGACCAGUCUGAGGCAAAGCAGAUGUUUUGGCUAAUGCACACCAAGCUGGUCUGUUUAUGUAGACAGCAACUCUUCCUCAUGCCUCUCUGAAGUUAUAUGAGGGACGUAAUAUAGUCUCUUGUACAGCUAAAUGUCUAAUUAUAUUAAAGGUGACCUGACUGAACUCCAGGUUUUAAAGAAUCCUGCCCCAGUGUGUUACACACGACUAAUGUAUUGUUAAUUACUUGCUGUCUAAGGCACUAAUGGACCGUAGCCUGUUUUUGACUGUAAAUUGUGCUUGUUAAAGUAAUGAAAGUGAUUAAUACAUCUAACUGAAAUCAU